AUGGCUUCACUUUCUGUAGAAGAGCUUUCUUGUCCCGUGUGCUGUGAAAUCUAUAAGGUUCCAGUUUUUCUGUCAUGUAGUCACAGUGUCUGUAAAGAGUGUCUUCAACAGUUCUGGAGAACCAAGAAAACUCAGGAGUGUCCUGUCUGCAGGACAAGAUCCUCAAAUGACCAUCCACCAAUUAAUCUGGUGUUAAAAUACUUGUCUGAGUCAUUCCUGAAGGAGAGAAAUGAGAGUCGUUCAUCAGGAUCUGAGGUGAUCUGCAGUUUACACAGAGAGAAACUCAAACUCUUCUGUCUGGAGGACAAACAGCCUGCGUGUUUCGUGUGUAGAGAUUCACUAAAGCAUGUCAACCACACAUUUAGACCAAUCAGUGAAGUUGCUCUUUCAUAUAAGUCUCAAGCUGAGCACACAGAGAGUCAGAUUAAACAGCAGUUUGAGAAACUUCAUCAGUUUCUCAGAGAUGAAGAAAAAGCUACAAUCACUGCACUGAGAGAGGAAGAGGAGCAGAAGAAGCAGGUGAUGAAGGAGAAGCUGGAGGAGAUCAACAGACACAUCUCAGCUCUUUCACACACAAUCAAAGACACGGAGGAGAUGAUGAAAACCAGUGAUGUCUGCUUUCUAAAGGAGUUUCCGGUCACGAUGGAAAGAGUCCAGAUCUCAUCACAGCCGGAUCCACAGACGCCUUCUGGAGCUUUGAUUCAUGUUCCACGAUACUUGGGCAACCUGGCCUUCAGAGUCUGGAAGAAGAUGCAGGACAUUGUCCAAAACACUCCUGUGAUUCUGGAUCCAAACACAGCUCAUCCAGAUCUUCUUCUGUCUGAUGAUCUGACCAGAGUGAGAUACAGUGAGAACAAUCAACCUCUUCCUGAUAAUCCAGAGAGAUUUGACUCUUAUUGUUGUGUUCUGGGUUCAGAGGGUUUUAAGUCAGGAACACACUGCUGGGAUGUGGAGGUUAAAGAGAGUCUAUGGUGGAGUCUUGGAGUAACUACAGAAUCAAACCAAAGAAAGGGAGGUGUUUUCUUUAAAACUGAUGUCUGGAGAGUACAGCAAGGAUGUUCUGAUCAGGCUGGUUUUACUGUUAGAGAUGUUCCUCUUCAGGAACUGUAGGAGCCAUUUGUUUACUUUAUUUGAAGGUUUAUAUAGUUAAUGUUUUUUGUUUUGCAUCUAUCGUUUAUUUUGGAGAUGUGCCCCCUCGGCAGGAGAAUGAAGGCUUAAAGGUCUGGGGGUGGCCUACUGGAGCAUGGCCUGCUGGGAGCACAUGGUCUUUAGACCUUACCUUUUGUUUGUUGGCAGUCCAACCUUGAAACCAAGAUUUGUAACAGCUUUGGCCAAGUUUGUUUUACUUUUUAUUUUUUGUAAUCAAGUCUAAAUGUCAAGAAAUGCACAUUGAAGUUGGUUUUCCUUGGACUUACAAAAGCACAGUAAGUGUCUAAACCCUCAGCAGACCCAAGAGGUGACUAAUUUGACAAAUUGAUUAAGGAUAGUCACCACAGCAACUUUGAGCCUCGUCAAUACGCUAUGGGAAUGAGAUGUCUACACUACCGGACUUGCAAGUCCCUGCCUAGUUUGUAUAACUGCACGGCUAAGGCAAGAGAAUAGAGGAGCCCUGAGCCCUGAGUCCAAUAUGUAAAAAAAAAAAGACAAACGUAAGGGGAGUGCACCAUUUCGCAAACCUCCUAGAUGGAGACCCCUAACAAAGCCUUGGACUCCUAGCGGAGAAAGACCAGAGGACUCAUAAGUAGUAUUGAUGGUAUCUAGAAUAACUUCUGUCCAGGCUUCCAGCAGGGAGGAGGAGUAAAGGGCUGCUGUUGUGGUGUGACUGUGUAAGGGUCCCCCUUUUCUUGCAGAACGGAAUCCAGAGGCCCUGGUCGAAGGUCAAUGCAUGUUCGGUCUUUCCUUUGCGUCUCAUUAAAAAUCACUAAUAUUUAUUCAUCUUUUGGGUUUCCAAUUAUAGUACUGACCUUAUACAUAAUUUUAUCUGACUCCAAUCUUUCGUGAUUUUAGUUAUAUUUAU